AUGGAACGCUCACAGCCCUCCCAGGGCAAUCUCAUGGCUCUGACAUUUGAACCUCCAGAUACCCAUGAGCGCCUGGUAGCCGACAUCCUCACCCGCUACCGCACCAUCCUCAUGCUAGCUACCAUCCAGGCAGAGGGGGACAAGGCAAAUACCAAACCCCAGGCUAUAGCCGUGGCCGGCAUCUCCUUGCGCAUGGAAUUUGACGGAUUGUACUCUUCUGUCAAGGAACUACUCUCUCUCUCACGCAAGAUGAAGGAACUCUGGGUCUUUGGCCCUCUGGGCGGCGACGACGCAGAUGCCCGCGCAAGGAGGGAGGAGCGGAUCGAGACGAAUGUCGGCCGCGUUGCCGAUAUGCUCGGCCGUCUUCAGGAUGAUAAGAUGAGGAGCCUCGCCGAGGAGUGGGGGGGAUCAUGGGCACCUCUAAAGACUGAUGGUGGGGAGAACCAGAACCAGAACCAGACUCAGUUGGCGGCUACAGUUUCCACAGCCGACGGGACCGGUGCUGCCUAG